AUGCCUCCACUCCCUAUAUCUACUGGGGUUGGCUGCUUAGAUGGUUGGCGCUCAUCUUUUGAGUCACAGACUCUUUUUAGCACUAUCUUGCUGGUUUCUUUGUUUGCAAUAACCGUGCGAUCAAUCGCACGUAUUCUGGGGAAAAGAAGAAAAAGCGUGUUGCGUUUUGAUGAGAAGAUGGAGGACUCGGGCAUGGGCCAAGAGAAUUUGGUUGUCAAAAAACGAAAAGAUUCGUCUCAGGGUGGACAGAUGGAUGUGUCUGCGGGAAAGCAGGUGCAUCCAGAUGCGGACUCGAAAGAGAACAUCGACCCGGAAGCACAAAGUCACGACACGACUCAUCAGUCAUCACUGGAACAAAACCAAAACGAAUACCUUGAAUCCCUCAAGCAGGAAACUCUGGAACCAUCUCGUUCACCCAUAUACCCAUGGAUAGCACCGCCGCAAAGUCUUCCCGGACCAUACGACGCACCGUACUUUCCAGUUCCCUUGCCAACAAUCGCAGUCGCAGAAGUCAUAAAAGAGGGCAUGAAAACGGAAGCGCCUACAGAUAAAAGGCCCGAAGAACUCGAGACUAUCCUCUAUUCACGCCGCAUCCCCACAAAUAUCAGCCCAGAAAAUGACACUAUCCGCGAAGGCGUCGUCACUAUCUCGACAAGAGGCUGGAGACGCAGCCAAUGGACCAUCAACGCAGGAUGA